CACCUGCUAGCUACCCUGACUUUUACUAUAUCUCUCUUUUCAAUUGUGCAUUUGUAGUUUACUUCCUUCCUAUCAUAUUCAUCAUGAUCAUCGUCAAAAAAGACUCGGAGGUGAUGACCAACUAUGUGGCCGCCAAUCCCGUGCCGGCGCGCGAGCACUUCGCCGUCUUCAACGACAUCCAGCAGCAACCUGCGGUGUUCGCCCUAGGUGAGAAUGGGGUCCUCAACCUCGUCAUCACCACCAACCGCGAACCCACGAGAUUCGACUUUGCGCAGCAAUCAGGCCUUUUCCCUGAGGACGUGCAGGUUCAAGCCUUCGCAGUCCUGCAAGCACCCGACUCCAGCUUAGACAUCUGCAUCGCGACCAAAGCAUCUGAUAAAGAGUCGAAUUUCUACCUGCUGCACCACAUUACCUUGGACGAGAUCACGGGUACCAUGCCGUCGGCCAAGGUCACUCAUGGGCUGUUUCCGACGGUUGACCAUAUUUACAUGGGCCACAAGUCCACCGACAAUGAAGAGGCUCUUCCGCUUGUCAUGGUGGCCUUUCAACGACCAGAUCGAUUGACCACUACCGAAGACCUGAACUAUGUGCGGUUUGCACACGGGACUGCGACCUUGGUCACGCCGUGGGGCUUACCUGUCAACCCGAAAAAGAUCGUGGAUGUGACCUUGAUCACCUGUUCAAUGGGUGACGGGGUCAUGGUUCUGUAUGAAGGGUUCGACAGCGGAAAGAUGUAUCUGGUCUUCAAAGUACUCGACUCAGAUGAUGACAGUGAUGACAGCGGCGACGGUUUUGCAGUUCAGGUCGCCUGUCCCGAUGGAGCAACAUGUCUUGCGUCAUAUCUUGAUCCAUCCACUGGGAAGACCGUGGCGCUGGUCGGGGGAGCAGUGAUCACGGCUCUCACGUCGAAAAAUUACACGUCCUCGCAUGGGGGGUCGGGAACUGUAAUCGACGCGACAAAAAGUCUCAAAGAUCUGCAAAUAUCGCAGACAGGUGAGAACCUUCGCUUUUGGUAUACCAACACGAAGGAUGCAGUGUAUUACUACACGACGACUACCACUUUACUCUCAACGGGGGUUGUGAUUCCGCUCCUUGCGAACAACCAGGGCGGGCGUAUCUCCAGUCUGCUAUCCAGCCGCCCAAGAGAAGGGAACAGUGAUCUUCUUGUCAGCAGCCUGAUUUCUGUGGACGAGAACGGCAACCUGUCACUCCUGCAGCAGGAUCCUCGCUCGCAGGCUUGGCAGUCUUACCCUUACUGGCACGCAUCCACUGAAGAUGUGAUGGAGGUGAAGGGGCUGAUGCUGCGCCUGCAUACAACCGUAGUGAACGAGGAAGACGGCGACUCGUCUGACAUGCUUCCCGGGUCGUGGCUCCGCGUGACCUGCUCAGGGUUGGUACGCUGCAUCAUUAACGGCAAACAUACUACCGUCUCGCUGGAGCCGCGAUGGUACCAGACUGACGCCAAAGGAGUGCUAAACAUCCUGCUACAGACCGACGACGCGACGAUCCACCAGUUCGCUGUGGAUGCGUACCGGCCCGCAGAAGCCGCUGCAGCCUCACGACAAGGAAUGCAGAGGGAACGCAAUCUGGCUGACCCGCUGCUGGACCCGACAGACAAGAUACUUCCAAAACUGGACGGGGUCCAGACGGAGGAAGAUGUGCGCAAACUCACAAAGCCCGAUGGUAGUCUCUUGUUCCCGGAUAUCAGCGACGAGAACGCGAAAGGGGCGGCCGCCGCGUUCAGCCAGCUCACCAAGAGUGCCAAGGAUAUUCGUGAACAGGAUAAAAAGCGGCUGAAAGCAUAUCAUGCCAGAAUCGCCUCUCCGGAAGGGCGCGCAGCCGCGGCCGCUGGUGAAAUUGUUCCCCUAAACUUUUGGGAUGAUGUAGGAGACUGGGUCAAUGGAGCAUGGGAAUGGCUGGAAGACGUUGCCGAAGAUGUGUGGGAUUGGGUGUGCGAUUUUUGGACUGAUCUUAACAUCUUUGUGUCAGACGGAGUUUGGACUUUCAUUAUUAAGAUUGGCGAAGAGAUUUACCAGAUUGCCCUGACCACCAUCACAUCGAUUGUGAAAGGGAUUGUUUGGGUCUUCAAGAAAAUCGGUGGCUUUAUUCAGGACCUGAUCGAAUUCCUUGGCUUUCUGUUCGAAUGGGGAGACAUCCUCGAUACUACAGAUAGUAUUGCUGCUGGCUUCAAUGCUGCCCUGGACUACGGCGAAGAGAAACUUGCGACUGCUGAUAUUGAUGCAAAGGCGUGGUUGGAGGACGUGCGCAAGCAGAUCCUAAGCAAUCUCGACUCACUUCAAAACAACUCAUAUCAGGGAGCCGGGGCUGGGGGUAACAGAAAAAAUGUUUCUGCGCCCCGUCCCAAGACCGGCCAUAGCGACAAAGACAACAGCAGUCUGACAGAUGAUAUCUCGGCAACGGUGCCCUACAAUUGGUCCACUUACUAUUUCACCUACGGCGGUGGACCGACCAACGCGGUGCUAGAAGAUGACAGUGCACGCGCUGCUACCAAGGGUACGACUGAAGACGACAUCGUAAAACUUUGGGAUGAUCUGCAGGACGAACUAGAGACCAUCAAAGACACCGUUGUCAACGUUGCCGGGGAUCUAGUCGAAUUCUUCAAUCCUCAGAAUUAUAGCGUCCAGCAGGUUAUCAACAAGGUUACAAAGGACCUGGUGGACGGAAUGAUGAAAGCGCUUGAGAAGUUGGUCGAUCUUCUGUUCGACGCCCUGAAGCUGGGUGUUGAUGUGAUCCGAGACAUCGCGAACAAGAAGAUCGAAAUCCCCGUCAUAACGUGGCUGUGGAAGAAUGUCAUUGCCCGUGGACGCCCCUUGACCCUGCUGAAUUUCUGCGCGCUAUUGGUCGCCAUCCCCACCACCGUCUUGUAUAAGGCCAAGAAAAACCAUGCUCCACCGAAGCUAAAAGGAAGAUUGACCAAGGAAACGUUUGGCCAAUAUGUCAGUGGGCAGGCUGAUAGCUCUCUCGCAUAUGACAUUCUUGGAUUCAACGUGGCAGCAGUAUCCGGUGCUGUGCUCGUUGGUGGUGAGUUUGACAUGCUUUCUCUCCUGGUGGACGGCACAUUUGAAGGCUUGGGCUUGGAGUUCAUUCCCAUCGGACCGAUUGAUGCCUUGAUGAAUGUAAUGGACUCUGCUACACUCACUUUCAACACGAUGGCUGGGGUUACGACCUGGCCGGUAGCGGCACCUGAUUCAAAAAUGGCCGAGGGCAAAUCGGCUGCCCGUGAAGCGAUCAAAUACGCGGGCUGGGGCUUGAGUGGGGCCGAGGCUCUCGCAGGCGUAAUCCUGAACCGUGUGGCCAAGAAGAAGGACAUCCCAAGACCGGUGAAGAAGCGCUUCAAGGCCACCCUGAUGGCAGUAAUGUCAGUUCCGUCACUGGCCCUUACACUCACCGGUGAUAUUAUGGACGAGGAAGCGGGAGCCAAGCCAGAAUGGCUUCUCGUGAGUGCCUACGUCGAGGCCGCAGCUAGCUUCGGCGCCAGCUGGGGAGGCGCCGUGGCACGGUGGAACGACGAGUUUGAGAACUUGUUGAUGUAUGCCGGGAUAGCUGUCAAUUUGGCCUGUACAAUGUUCAAGUAUUACUUGCUAACAGUCGAUUUUGUAUUUACUGACAUACUGGGCUGA